CUCCUGCUCAGAGUAAACACCACUUGCACCCAAGAGAAAUAAAAGACAUUCAAUCCUCCUUCUAUAUCGAAAGAAUAUUGUCAAUAUGGGCCUCAUCAAAACCGGAAUCCAACUUGCUGGAGCUUAUGGUUUGCUUCGCGCUGGGUCAAAAGCUGCCAAUGAAUACAAAGAGAAAAAGCAAUCGAAUCAGAACCAAAACCAGAAUCAGAAUCAGCACUACAAUUGUCAUAAUCAUCACGGGCAUGGGCAGUAUCAACAACCUCAGUAUCAACAGCCACAAUACCAGCAAACACACCACCAACAGCCGCAGUACGGAUACGAUCCGCGAACAUACCCAAAUGCCGGUCCGCAGUAUACGCCCCCCGGUAACAACGAAGGAUACGGGCCGGUGCAACAGAACGAUCAACGCUAUUAUGCAUCCCAUGGGCGGUAGCGCGGGAUUUAGGAUUUGAUGUUUAUAUAUUUGGGUUCUGGGAUCGCAGGGUAUCAAGCAAGGUGUUAUUGGGUUUUGUGAUAUAGAAAUAUGGGUGUGGACUUUGUUGAUAGAACGGUAUCAUGACGUUGCCAUGGUCUGAUGUUGAAAUGAAAAAUAGGUCGGAAACAGAUGAUACCGGUGCAGGUAGUCGAUGACUGACUUGCACCAGAACAGGCAUAUAUGAG